AUGGAGCAGCAAACGGCCAGAGAUAACUUAAGCGGUAAAAAAAGGGAUGAAUCACCUAGGCGUCCUGGAGAGUCACAAGCAUCAGACCUUUUUAAGGGCCUAUCGUUUAAAGUCGGAGUAGCAGAAAAUAAAAAUGUAACGUAUAGAUCUAAGAUGGAAGAUGUUCAUACAUACAUCGCAAACUUCGCCGAAAGGGUUGAUUGGGGAUACUUUGCCAUUUUUGAUGGGCACGCUGGAAAAGAUACUGCUAGAUGGUGUGGUAAUAAUCUACAUACAUUGAUAGCGAACGAGAUUAACGAAGAGGAGGACGGCCCAGAACACAACUAUAAUUAUGACAUGAAAGAAAAGUUGCAUGAUGCAUUCAUUAAGGCAGAUAAACUAAUUGAAAAUGAGGGAACUGGAUCUUCGGGUUCCACGGCUGCUGUUGCUGUACUUCGAUGGGAACUCAAAGACGCAACGGGAGAGCCCACAGCAUACAGUGCAGGGGAAGAUGGGAAAUCACAGUUUGAUUUUAUACCUAGCAAGGACCACAAGAGAAUAUUAUACACAUCUAAUGUAGGUGACCUGAGGAUCCUUUUAUGUCGGGAAGGUCACCCUUAUCGUCUAUCGUAUGACCACAAGGCGACAGACGACAACGAGGUGAAUAGGAUUCGCGAAACGGGUGGACUUGUUAUGAAGAACAGAGUAAACGGAGUUUUGGCUGUCACAAGAUCCUUAGGUGACACAUACAUGAAGGAUUUAGUUGUAGGGAGGCCAUUUACAACCUCGACCGAAAUCACACCAAAAGACGAGUUUAUGAUAUUAGCAUGCGACGGACUUUGGGACGUUGUCCCUGAUCAGAAAGCCUGCCAAUAUGUAUCAGAGUUAUUCAAAACUAACAGUGAUCCUCAGGAUGCAGCGAAAAAGUUAUGUCAGCUUGCUAUGGAUAAUUCUACGACCGAUAAUGUGACAGUCAUGAUCGUGAAAUUUGAUAAAAGGGUAUUUGAUAUAUGA